AUGCCUCUCCCAGCAAUGUUUCAUGUAUGCGUAGUGCUUCAGUGCUACAUACUGGCCCACAUAAAAAGGACUUCAUCAAACCCCCUGGUACUUCAUGGCCGACAUUUUGGUUGGACAGUGUUUGCCUUAUGCAAUUAUCCUGCCCUUCUGACUGCUGGUAUACUGCGACUUGAAGAAUUACAGGACUCUCCCAUUGAGGAUUAUUUGGCAGAGGUGUUUAUGGAGUUAAUAGAUUCUUAUCCUGGUCUUUUAGCUUGUCUAAUGGACAGCCUUGAGUGGUCAAAUACAGAAACCAAGAAGAGGCUGAAGAGUGGCAAGACUGCAGUCCAUGUGACCAAUGGCCCAUAUUCUUAUAUACCAGGAUUUCAAACAUGUGUUACAUCUCUGAGCUUGGUGGAUAAGGAGCCAAAGGAUAUGUGCUCUGGUAACACUUACCUGCAUGAUCCGGUUUUCAUUAAGUUCAUUUGCAGUAUCAGCAAAAACAGUGUGUUGUCCAAGAUUCAGGCAAAACGCGCUGCCUUGCAGGAACUAGCUGCUGCUCAUACCAAUUAG